GGCAGUGGUUGCUAAAUUAGCCUACCUGCUAAUUUAGGCUAAUCCCCAGCCAGAAAAGGGGACAGAAAUGAAAUAAAUCACUACCUGACAAUUAUAAUAUUACAAUUGGCAGUGGGGUUUUGGACAAGAUAUGGCAUUAUUUAAGUUAUAGUUUGACAAUAAGGUGGCUUGACCUGUGUGUCCUGACAAGGAAAAACAUUACCUUUUUUACCAUAUAGCCUUACCUAUGUUACUCCCCCUUCUAAAAUUUAGCCUAAAGCACAGUUCACUUUCUUGACAAAUACUCUUGAUAAGAUGAGAUAAGAUAGUAGUAUUUUUAUUCUUAUUAAAAAUUGCACAGCCCACUUAGCGCAGCUUUGUUUAAGCUGCAAGGGAUCCGAUACGAGACUUUUACGACUCUUAGAGUGGCUGUCAGUCACAUGGUGUGACAUCACAGAUAUGCAUGACGCUGCAGGCGCAUGCAGAAGUGUACUAAAUAUAGCGACCUGCAAAUGCACUAAAAGAACAUCCACAUUUCCACUGGAAUCACAGCUACUUUUAAAUCCCCCCAUCGUCUUUUAAGCUUCACUUCCUCAAAUGCGGGUAUGUGUCAUAGCAAAGUUUGCUCUCAGAAGUGCGCUCGCUCGCUGUGACAUUCCCCUUCGUUUUACCCCGUUGCCCCCUGCCAGGUGGAACAUUACGCCCCUCCUUGACUCCGCCCCGCAGUGUUGUAACUGGCGCUUGAGAUGAUGACACUGCAGCAUGACGGCUUUAUAUAUCCUGCAGUCAGAUUGUCUAUCAAUGAAGUAGUAAAAGGGGGGCUGAGGAGAGCGUGUUAGCAGGGGUUCCCUUCUUUUACUUACUGAAUUCCACAAAGGCGACCAACAUGAAAAUUAUCAUCGGCAUUGGAGGGUGAGUAGACUGGACUUUAGAGUCUUUAUGAGUCACAUUUUUACGAGUAAAAGUCAUAUUUGUGUGUAAUUGCAGCGUGACCAACGGUGGCAAGACCACUCUGACCAACCAACUGCUCAGGACGCUGCCCAACUGCUGUGUGGUGCAUCAGGACGACUUCUUCAAGUCAUCACGGCCCUGGACAUGGAGGCCAUGGCCAACACGGUGAGAGGCUGGCAGGAGAACCCAGUCAAGUUUGCUCGCUCCCACGGAGUCUGCCUGUCACCUGACACCCAGGAAUGCGACUCUGAGAAGGAGAAGGGGAUCCAUAUCCUCCUGGUGGAGGGCUUCCUCAUCUACAACUACAAGCCCCUCCUUGACAUCUACGACAGAUGCUUCUACAUCUCGCUUCCUUAUGACGAGUGCAAGAGGAGGAGAAGUACCAGGACCUACACCGUCCCCGAUCCGCCCGGCCUCUUUGACGGCCACGUGUGGCCCAUGUACCUCAAGCACCGCAAAGAAAUGGAGAGCCAUUGUGACAAAAUAGAAUACCUCGAUGGAAUGACCUCAAAAGACGACAUCUACGUCCACGUGUUCCAGAGCAUACAGAACGCCCUCCUCAACAACUCAUAGCAGGAUGACCACCCGCUGGGAGGAUUUUGUGUAUAGAUCUGUAAAUAAACCUGAUAAUUGAUGAAAUGUGCAACAACGGAUUCUGUAGUUCUGGACUUGUAGGAUUUGUAAAUAGUCGUCCAUGUUGACCACAAUCAGUAUUGUUUUCUAUCUUCCUGUGUAACGAUUUUCGUUGUAUUUUUGUGGUCUAAGAGAUAAACCGCCUGUGCUUUAGCGCAGGUUGAACAGACGUAAAAGUUGAGAAAGUGAAAGCAAGUAAAAGAUGGCAUAAACAAACGCAAGACUCCAUCUGUUUCCUCUUGUUCUUGCACUCACAGGCUAAAGGUCACCUUCUACGAGGAGGACUAGCGGCGCCUUAUCAUAAACCACAAUAAAUGAAGCGGUGCCAUCAUAUAAAACAUGACAAGCAUUUCCCGUCAAAGCUCAUCUAUGAACUUCACCACUUUUUUAUGUGUUAGCGUAGUUCUAAAGGAAGAGACAUCUGCAUCUCUUCAGGGUCAUUUGGUCAGUCACUAGGAGGAGUUUGUCAAAAUACGACCCCUGAUUUUUGCUCCAAAAUCACUGUUCCAAACCAAAAUAGUGCCA